CAUAACACAUCUAAGAUUUAAAGACUGUGUUUUGUCUUCUCCCUCAAUUUCAACUCCCAACUUCUCUUGCAUGAGCUUUAUACAGACUUGUUAAAUAGAUAUAUUUUCUCUAUUAUGAAUCCUAAUAUGGAUAGCAAUGAAGCUUCUUCACAAGUCUCUUCUAUUUGUGAGGCCAAUCAAACGGUUCAUAUAUUUAGUUUAGCUAAGCAAGAGAGCCAAUCCAUGCUAUUGAACCAUCUCAGGGCUCCUCCAUUGUUAACACCUACUGGUUCUCUGGUUUCUGGUUCAUCAUCUUCACUUAAACCAGAAUCAGCUUCUCCAUUUUGGAAUGGAGAUGAUGGGUUAAUGGAGAGAAGUGGCCAAAGCUACACUGCCUUCCCUUACUAUCGAUCUGCUUCUUAUAGUAGAAGUAUAGAUUACGGUAGGGAAAAUUUGAAUGGAGUGACAGUAGCAUUUACUGCAUCUCAGAGGAUGGAAUUAAAACAACAAGCAUUGAUCUACAAGUAUAUCUCUGCAAGUGUUCCUGUUCCUGAUAAUUUGCUCAUACCUCUUAAGAGUAACCUCCGCCCCCAUCCGUAUGGCCUGUCUGCCCCUUCUGCUGGAUUCUUCCCUUCCAAUUCAUUGGGAUGGAGUAGUCUCCGACUAGGUUACAUGGGCAGCAGCACCAGCAGGGAUUCUGAACCUGGACGAUGUCGGAGAACAGAUGGAAAGAAAUGGCGAUGCUCAAGGGAUACUGUUGCGGACCAAAAAUACUGCGAAAAACAUAUGAACAGAGGCCGCUAUCGUUCAAGAAAGCCUGUGGAAGCCCAAACAGCUGCCCAUGCCACCAACACAAACAACAUCAUGCCUGUAACUGUGAUCUCUGGCAGGCCAAUUCAUGCAAUUCCGCAGCUCCAACAGUCAAAGAAUGAGGAAACUGCUAAUAAUUCAGGCAUUUAUGGGAACUGUGACCCUUUCUUAAGCUUUUGGAAUGAUGAUCAUGGCUGGCUUAAUAAUAAUAAUAACAACAACAACAACACAACAUAUAAUAAAAUAACAGCUCAGUCUGAUCAUUGGACUCAACUUUCCAUGUCAAAUCCAAAAUUGCAACAUCAGCAAUGCAGGAGAGAGCUUCUCUUCACCAUUCAAGGUCGUCCUUCUGUGCCUUGGAAGAAAAUGGACGAGUUAACCCAAAAAUCAAAGUUAUCUCUGCAGUUGGUGGCCCUUAUAGGGGAAGGUACUCGGAAUGCAAGUUUUGCUUGGUAUGGUGGAAAGUAA